GAACCCUCCCCCCCCCCCAACCAACUUGCAAGCUGUCCCGCCUAUUGCUCUCGGAACCUUCACAAUCCAUCUUUUUCACUGAUAUAGUUUUCCAGUAAACUCAGAGACUUGAAGGCUUGUUACUUUCAAAAUCAUACAGUUUAUUUGGUAUUUGAUCCUGUUCAGAGUUGAUUAAAGAUGGCAAGGAGACCCCAGCCGCAAGACACCAUUCAGUUCACGAAAGAGCCUUACAUCGAAGAUGUCGGCCCUCGCAAAAUCAAAAGCAUCCGUUUUUCUAUGCUUUCUGAGUCCGAGAUAUGCAAAGCAGCCGAAGUUCAAGUGUACCGGGGCGUUUACUAUGACUCUGCUAAGAAGCCCAUCGAGAAUGGCUUGUUAGACCCGCACAUGGGGCCUCCAAGCAAAUAUGGUAUCUGUGCAACUUGCAAUGGAAGCUUUACUGAUUGUCCUGGGCAUUAUGGAUACUUGACACUUGCUCUCCCAGUUUAUAAUGUUGGGUAUCUGAGUACUGUUGUGGAUAUCUUGAAGUGCAUAUGCAAGUCUUGUUCUCGAGUACUCCUGCCAGAGAAAGAACGUGUGGAUUUCCUGAAGAAGAUGAGGAACCCCAGGAUUGAGCCCCUUAAGAAGAGUGAGGUUUUGAAAAGGAUAGUUAAAAGGUGUAACGCAAUGGCAAGUACUAAGAAGGCAGUGAAGUGUUCAAGAUGCAGAUAUAUAAAUGGGAUGGUGAAAAAAGCUACAGGUAUGCUGGGGAUCUUUCAUGAUCGUUCUAAGAUUAUUGAUGAUAGUUUAGAAGAAUGCAGAUCAGCUAUUUCUCACACGAAAGAGUCCAAUGCAUCCAUUAAUAUGGCUCCUUUAUUAAACCCGGAUAAGAUCCUCUCCCUUUUCAAGAAGAUGAUUGAUGAGGACUGUGAAUUACUGUACUUGAGUGAUAGACCUGAGAACCUUCUUGUUACAAGUAUUGCAGUCCCACCUUUGGCUAUUCGACCCUCUGUCUUUGUGGAUGGCGGAACACAGAGCAAUGAAAGUGACAUCACUGAGAGGUUAAAACGAAUUAUUCAGGCAAAUGCAAGCCUUCAGCAAGAAUUAUUAGAAACAAGCUCCACUUCCAAAAGUCUGGUUGGUUGGGCUGAUCUGCAAAUGGAGGUUGCACAGUACAUAAAUAGUGAUGUACGUGGUGUCCCAUUACAUAUGCAAGCGGCAAAGCCUUUGAGUGGUUUUGUACAACGUCUAAAAGGGAAGCAGGGACGCUUCCGGGGGAACUUGUCUGGGAAGCGUGUUGAGUAUACUGGAAGGACUGUAAUAUCACCUGAUCCUAAUUUGAAAAUUACUGAGGUUGCUAUUCCAAUAUUAAUGGCCCGAAUUUUAACUUAUCCAGAGCGUGUGUCUCAUCACAACAUAGAGAAGUUGAGACAGUGUGUCCGCAAUGGCCCUGAUAAAUAUCCGGGUGCUAGAUUUGUUACUAAAACUGAUGGCAGCUUGACGACCUUGAUGUUCUCUUCUGCAAGAAAGCACCUUGCUGAUGAUUUGAAAUUUGGUUGCAUAGUUCACCGUCAUUUGGAAGAUGGUGAUGUUGUUCUUUUCAACAGACAGCCAAGUUUGCAUCGGAUGUCAAUCAUGUGCCAUAGGGCGAGGAUAAUGCCUUGGCGUACAUUGAGAUUCAAUGAAUCUGUUUGCAAUCCAUAUAAUGCUGAUUUUGAUGGGGAUGAGAUGAAUAUGCAUGUCCCACAAACAGAAGAGGCUCGCACAGAGGCACUUAUGCUGAUGGGGGUGCAAAACAACUUAUGUACACCAAAAAAUGGAGAGAUUUUGGUUGCUUCCACGCAAGAUUUUCUAACAUCUUCCUUCCUCAUAACAAGGAAGGACACAUUUUACGAUCGUGCUGCCUUUUCCCUAAUGUGUUCAUAUAUGGGUGAUGGCAUGGAUCUUGUUGAUUUGCCAACUCCAGCAUUAGUAAAGCCAAUAGAGCUUUGGACUGGGAAACAGCUGUUCAAUGUUCUAUUGCGCCCACAUGCAAAUAUGAGAGUUUAUCUCAAUCUUACUGUUAGAGAAAAGAGUUACAGCAAAUCUGGAGAAACAAUGUGUCCUAAUGAUGGGUUUGUUUAUGUCCGUAAUGGUGAGCUGAUAUCUGGGCAGCUAGGAAAGGCUACCUUAGGAAAUGGCAACAAGGAUGGUCUUUACUCUGUACUUCUAAGGGACUACAAUGCACAUGCUGCUGCUGCUUGUAUGAACCGUUUAGCAAAAUUGAGUGCUAGGUGGAUUGGGAAUCAUGGAUUCUCUAUUGGGAUUGAUGAUGUCCAACCUGGAGAACGUCUAAACGAAAACAAAAAGGCUAGAAUUCAGGAAGGGUAUUGGAAAUGCGAUGAGCUUAUACAGUCCUAUAAUAAGGGGAUGCUUAAACUUCAACCUGGUUGUGAUGCUGCUCAAACACUAGAAGCUCAGAUCACUGGUGUUUUAAAUAAUAUCCGAGAAACAACUGCAAAGGUUUGUAUGGAAGAACUGCAUUGGAGGAAUAGCCCCUUAAUCAUGUCACAAUGUGGGUCGAAAGGAUCUCCAAUUAAUAUUAGCCAGAUGAUUGCCUGUGUUGGGCAGCAGUCAGUGGGGGGUCGUCGUGCCCCGAAUGGAUUCAUAGAUCGUAGUCUUCCUCAUUUUUGCAGAAAAUCAAAGACCCCUGAUGCUAAAGGAUUUGUUGCAAACUCAUUCUACAGCGGUUUAACAGCUACAGAAUUUUUCUUCCAUACAAUGGGGGGACGAGAAGGUCUUGUGGAUACUGCAGUUAAAACAGCUGAUACGGGAUAUAUGUCUCGUAGACUGAUAAAAGCUCUAGAGGACCUAUCAAUCCAAUAUGAUAGUACAGUACGAAAUGCUAGUGGAUGUAUUGUUCAAUUUAUUUAUGGUGAUGACAAUAUGGAUCCGUCACAAAUGGAAGGGAAAGGUGGUUUUCCCUUGAAUUUUGAUAGAAUACUUUUGAAAGUCAAGGCUACAUGCCCUGCUGGAGAACAAACAAGUUUGUCCCCUUCAGAAAUCCUCAAUGUUAGUAAUGAAAGGCUAUCAAAGCAUGAUAUGACUCCUGAUGGUGGUUGCUCUGAUGCCUUUAAGAAGUCAUUGUCUGAUUUCUUUCAAGAAUGUAGUAGAAGAUUAAAAAAUACAAGGAUGGCAUUAAAAUUGGAUGGUGGACAAGUUGAGGGAGAAAAUCGCAAAAUCCUCGAAAUUGUUGCUCAAAAUAUAUCUGGUCUUACUUCCCAGCAGCUACAGGUAUUUUCAGACACAUGCAUUUCUCGUUAUCACUCAAAGAGAAUUGAAUGUGGAACUGCCAUUGGUGCAAUUGGAGCUCAGAGUAUUGGUGAACCAGGGACACAGAUGACCUUAAAAACUUUCCACUUUGCAGGAGUUGCGAGCAUGAAUGUUACUUUGGGAGUUCCUCGAAUAAAAGAAAUUAUAAAUGCAGCCAAAAAGAUCAGUACUCCUAUUAUUACCGCAACACUUGAGUGUGAUGAUAAUUUGAGAACAGCAAGGAUGGUGAAGGGUCGAGUUGAAAAAACAGUUCUAGGCGAGGUGGCAAAAAGUAUAAGGAUUGUGAUGACAUCAAGGUUAGCAUCUAUUGUUGUGACCCUGGACAUGGAAAGAAUUCAAGUUUCACAACUUUGCAUAAAUUCUCAGAUUGUAAAAGAAUCAAUUUUGCAAACGCCAAAGAUCAAAUUGAAGGAGCAGCAUGUUAAGGUAUUGGAUGCUAGGAAGCUGGAAGUUAUUCCACCGGCUGAUAGGAGUAGGCUCCAUUUUGAGCUUCACUCACUAAAAAAUAAGCUCCCAACAGUUGUUGUGAAGGGCAUAAACACUGUUGAGCGUGCAGUGAUUAACAAAAUCAAAAAGGACAACAGAGAACACUACAAUUUACUUGUAGAGGGGACUGGUCUUCGAGCAGUCAUGGGCACCGAAGGAAUUGAUGGUCUUAAGACAACAAGUAAUCAUAUUAUGGAAGUGCAGCAGGUGAUUGGAAUUGAAGCUGCAAGGAGGUGUAUAAUUGAAGAGAUACAGUAUACCAUGGCAAGUCAUGGAAUGACCAUAGAUCUACGACAUAUGAUGCUUUUGGCAGAUCUAAUGACAUUCAAGGGUGAAGUUCUAGGAAUCACAAGGCAUGGCAUCCAGAAAAUGAAGGAUAGUAUAUUGAUGUUGGCUUCUUUCGAGAAGACAGCAGAUCACCUUUUCAAUGCCUCUGUGAAUGGAAGGGAUGAUAAGAUUGAAGGAGUGAGUGAGUGCAUCAUUAUGGGCAUACCGAUGCAGAUAGGAACUGGCAUACUUAAAGUACGACAAAGAGUUGAGCAGGUUCAGCAGCUGAAUUACGGGUUAGAUCCAAUUUUGCUAUGAUGAAGCAUCAGCCUCUUCUUCUGGUUCAGUCAUGUCUAUGGUGGUGAUCCUCGAGUUAAAAUGUGAAACUGGAAAAUUUUCCUCCACAAUCAUCUUUUAAGGGUGAUGUAGACUGUAAAAUAUUUUCCUGCAAGUGCAAUUAAUGCAUUUUUUGAAAUUAUGCAUGAAGGCUCGUAUAGAAAUUUUUGGAUCCUGAUCUUAAUAUAAAGAAAUAUAAAUAGUAUUUAAUGCAAA